AUGUUAAAAAUAGUUCAUGAAGGUCACAUGGGGAUUGAAAGAUGUAAAAAUUCAAUAAGAGAUUUAAUAUUUAGGCCUAACAUAAAUUCUGAUAUAAAAAAUAUUGUUGAAAAUUGUAAGGUAUGCAUGAAAUAUAGAAAUAAUAAUUCUAAAGAACCUUUAAUACCACAUGAUAUAACUCAAAUACCUUGGUUUAAGUUAGGAACUGAUUUAUUUCACUUUGAUAAUAAAAUAUAUUUAUUGGUGGUAGACUAUUAUUCUAAAUUUAAAGAAAUUGCACAUUCAACAUCAGGAUUUACAAGUACUUCUGUUAUUCAACAUCUAAAAUCAAUGUUUGCUAGAUUUGGAAUACCAUUUUCAAUAGUGUCUGAUAAUGGUCCACCAUUUAGUUCAUUAGAAUUUAAACAGUUUAUGUCUGAAUGGGAUAUAGAACAUAUCACUUCAAGUCCACAUUAUUAUCAAUCUAAUGGUUUAGCAGAAAGAUCAAUACAGUCAAUAAAGAAAUUACUAAAAAAAUUUAAAAAAAGUAAUUUAUGUUCUCCAUCUCAACUAUUAAUGUCAAAAUCAAUUCGAACAAAAUUACCUGUUCCCAUAGAUAACUUAAAACCUAAAUUAACUGAAUUAAUUGGUGAAAAAGUUGUAUUUAAAUUAGUACCCAAUGGUCCUUGGAUUAAUGGUAAAGUGAUUCAAAUUGAUAAAUAUCCUAGAUCUUAUGUAAUUGAAGGUGAAAAGGGGGGCAAUUAUAGAAGAAACAGAAAACAUUUAAUAACUUGUGCUUCAACCACUUCUAGAAAAAAUAAUUAUGAACAACCUAACUUAAAUUUAAACAUAGAUAAAAAAUCUACUCGUUCUGGUAGAACAAUAAUUAAACCUAAACGGUUAGAUUUAUAA